CCGCGCAGGAGGCGAAAUGAUCUAGUCGAGGGCGGCGGGCGCGUUCUAGUUCCUGGUCAACAUAGAAAUAUUGAGUAACUUGGCUGAAUCCUUAUGCAGAUGGGAUCAUUAUGGUCCUGUCAUUUAGAUUGAUCUACAUGACCAUCCUGUUUGCUGUAAGAACCAGCCAAAGAGAAUGUUUUGAGACUUACCACAGGAGUGUGAGCAGCACAGCGCCCACAGCAAAGCCUGGCAUUACCACACCUUGGGAAGAGCAUGGCCACUACUCGGAGCGCAGCCCUUUUCAUGCUGGUGAUAUCCUGUGUUUGCAGCACAGUCUUCCACAGAGACCAGCAGACUUGGUUUGAGGGUAUCUUCCUAUCUUCCAUGUGCCCCGUCAAUGUCAGCACCAGCACCUUCUAUGGGAUUAUGUUUGAUGCGGGGAGCACUGGAACUCGAAUUCAUGUUUAUACCUUUGUGCAGAAAAUACAAGGACAGCUUCCAGUUCUGGAAGGGGAAGUUUUUGAAUCUUUGAAGCCAGGACUUUCUGCUUUUGCAGAUCAACCAAAGCAGGGUGCUAAGACUGUUCAAGAACUGUUAGAGGUGGCCAAAGACUCCAUCCCUCGAAGUCACUGGAAAAGGACCCCUGUGGUGCUGAAGGCAACAGCAGGGCUGCGCUUACUGCCAGAACAGAAAGCCCAGGCUCUGCUAUUUGAGGUGGAGGAGACCUUCAAGAAGUCACCUUUCCUGGUUCCUGAUGACAGUGUUAGCAUUAUGGAUGGCUCCAGUGAAGGCAUAUUAGCCUGGAUUACUGUGAAUUUUCUAACAGGUCAGCUGCAUAGCCGUGGCCAGCAGACUGUGGGGACUCUGGACCUGGGAGGGGCUUCCACCCAAAUCACAUUCCUGCCCCAGUUUGAGAAAACCCUGGAACAAACCCCUAAGGGCUACCUCACUUCUUUUGAGAUGUUUAACGGCACUUAUAAGCUGUAUACACAUAGUUACUUGGGACUUGGAUUGAAAGCUGCAAGACUAGCAACCCUGGGAGCCCUGGAAACAGAAGGGAUUGAGGGACACACUUUCCGAAGUGCCUGUCUACCAAGAUGGUUGGAAGCAGAGUGGAUCUUUGGGGGUGUGAAAUACCAGUAUGGUGGCAACCAAGAGGGGAAGGUAGGCUUUGAGCCCUGCUUUGCCGAAGUGCUGAGGGUGGUACAAGGAAAACUUCACCAGCCGGAGGAGAUCCGGGAAAGCUCCUUCUACGCCUUCUCUUACUAUUACGACCGAGCUGUUGAGACAGACAUGAUUGAUUAUGAAGCGGGAGGCCUUUUAAAAGUUGAAGAUUUUGAAAGAAAAGCCAGGGAAGUGUGUGAUAACUUGGAGAACUUCACCUCAAGCAGUCCUUUCCUAUGCAUGGAUCUCAGCUAUAUCACAGCCCUGUUAAAAGAAGGCUUUGGCUUUACAGACAGCACCAUCUUACGGCUCAAAAAGAAAGUGAACAACAUAGAGACGGGCUGGGCCUUGGGGGCCACCUUCCAUCUGCUGCAGUCCCUGGGCAUCUCCCACUGAGCCACACGCUUCCUCCAGGCCCACAUUCUUCCACAGCCUCUAACGGGAGAGCCCUUUCGCUCUGAGCUCCUCUGGGUGCUGGAGCCCAGCAGCUGGCUUUUCCAGGGAAGGGACUUUUGUAGCCAGGUCUUGCCCUUGAACCUAGAGAUUUGGGUUUAAUUUUACAUAUUGAAUCAAAUGUGAACCAUUACCUGACCACUUGGGGUGCACAGCUGGCACUGGAGCCUAAAGCUUUGAGCUUCACUGUGUGUCACAGUGCCACAAAUAGCUCUGGAACUCAGCCUUGGAGCGACAGCUAAGGGUCACGACCCUGGGAACCAACAAAAAAUCUCAUCUCAACACUUGGGAGUGCCUCAUUCCUUGGAAAUUGUUCUUGCCCUCUUAUAUGCUAAAUUAAGCCAAUUUAUUUCAAUCCUGUGGCCUAUCGAUAACCAGUAUUUUUUUCCUCCCUAUAUACUGUCCUGUCCCCACCUUUAUGUGCAGACCUUUCCCAAGAGGAAAAAAAUAUCUAGUUUUGCUAUGUGUAAUUAAAAAAAAAAAAAAAAAAA